AUGCCAAUUGGACACAAGGCCAGGCUUUCUUUGGAGUCCUGGAAUCUGCUGAAUGAUAACAUUAAGCAACAGAGUUUGGCUCUGAGUGUUGAUUUCCCCCGAAAAUGUAGAGGUGCCGUAGACCUGGAUCGGUGGAAGGCAUCUGAGCUACGACAGUUUCUUCUGUACAUAGGACCCGUUGUUUUACGAGACAUCUUACAUCCUGACGUUUACGAAUGUUUCAUGCUGUUCACCUUUUUUUCACAACAUUAUGCUAAUUUUUUAAUUGAUGUUUCCAAGGUUGCUGUGUGCAAAUUUACUGCUAUUUUUGGUCCCAGCCAUUUAGUGUACAACAUACACCUCUUCUUCCAUUUGUUCAAUUUCGUCAAGCUUUAUGGUUGCUUGGAUCGUUUUUCCUGUUUUCCCUAUGAAUCGGAGCUGGGUCAUUUGAAGCAUUACAUGCGUGGUCCAAAACCAUCGGCUGUUCAGCUUUACUGCCGACUGUCCAAGCAUGUGGGAUUGGAUGUUGUCGAAAGGAAGGGAUGUCGUUUUUUCGAAAACUUUCCCGACAACUGCAUUUUGCUUGAUGGUCAGCCAGCUGUCAUUGUAGAUUUUUCUAAAGAUACUAUGGUGUACCAGAAAUUCAAAACUGUUCUCCCGUUUUACACUCACGUAUUGAUUUCGACGGACAUUUUAGUUUUUCAAUGCUCCGACUUGCAACACACUCGGCUGUUUGCAUCAGUCGACCACCUUGUGUAUUCCAGCAAAAUGACAAUGCGGUCUUAG